CUUGCUCGGCAGGUGUGUGGUGUAUGUGUGUGUGGUGUGUGUGGCGGGGGGGAGGGCGUCGAUGGCGGCGGAGGCGACGUCGGUGCUCCUGUCCACCUUGGCUGCCCGGCUUUCCCAGUCGGCCACCGCCCGCACCUACGGCAUCUUUUGCAAAGGGCUGACGCGGACCCUCCUCAUCUUCUUCGACUUGGCUUGGAAGCUCCGCAUCAAUUUCCCUUACCUGUACCUAGUGGCUUCGAUGAUGUUCAACGUCCGGCUACAGGUUCAUAUUGAGAUUCAUUAAAUCAUGUCUUACGUUGCAACCAGAAAACAUUCCAGCAUUUACUUUGGAUUUCUACAAUGCAGAGCUUUGAGGACAGGGAAGUGAUGCCUUUCUCUUUUACAUGUAUGGCCCUGGAAGAAGAUUUGGGAUGCCAUUACCUGCAGCAAAGGACUAACCUAAAUCAGCCUCAGGAGAUCCAUCACCUUCUAAGGGUCCUUUCCUUAGUGAAGAGCUCUCCUAUGGCUAACCGUCAAUUGCAAAAGGCAUCUAUCUCUCUCCAAAUUGGAUACUGCCCUCUGUUUCAAGCUAUCCCACUGCCU